AGUACGUUUCACAGGAUUCAGGCCUAGUAGUAUUGCCGCUGGGACUUUGCUCAUCCGCUUUCAAAAAAUUGGAAAUUGGCACAUUUAAACGCCAAAAUGAACGGGUUGAGGGUCAGUUUUGCGGUGGGCGACACCGGAAUGGGAGGAACCAUGCCAGCAUGAGUGGGCCUUAUGCAGGCCCUGGCAGGAAGACUCAUCAGUCCAACCGCCCUUUGACCCCUGGCUGUGACCUCUCCAUCCACUCUUGCUCCUCUAGACACCAUGAUCACAGGGUCAGCCUAACCAUGUCUGCUGCCGCCUCCUCCCUCAAGCAUGCAUCCGUCUAUGGGUUCACACAAAGGGACCACUCUUCCUCCUCCUCCUCUUCCUCCUACAGUCCUCUUAGGAGGCUGCAGCAUCUGACCACCAUGGUAAGCCAGCCUGACCUGGUCCUGCCGGUGAGGGAGCCAGAGAGGAGCUGGGAGUGGGGGCCACAUAAGAAGAAGAGGGGGAAGGAGAUGGAGAGGGACUCCUGGGCUGAUUGCACUAGCAGGGAUUAUUCUGGCAACCACAAUAAAAGCAGGGAGGAGCGCUCUGGUAAGUGUUCUGCUGGACAAAAAAAACCCAAGGUCCAAACUGGAAGUAGAGAUGCACCAGCAGCCAUCCGGAGCGGUCCUGUCACCUCAGAGAAAAAGACAAAAGUUUGUUUCUCAGGCCCGCCUAGCCCGGCCUUCUCCCUCGAUAGCAACAGCCCCUUCGCUAAUGGCUUCCUCCAUUUUGAAUCUUCCUUAUUUGAGGAUGACGAUACUGACAAAGUGCGAGAGACGGAGUCACCUAUGGGAGGCUCGCAGGACAAACCUAAGAGGGCAGGGAAUGUUCUUCAGUCCACUCCUGGACACUUAAACUCGGACUCUAAGGAUGCUACGCUGUCGUCAGCCAAAGUCGUCACCCGGUCCCAGUCCUCGGGUCAACGGAGAAGAUACUGGGACGGCUCGGAUGAUGAGUGGGAGAGCGACACCGAUCUGUUCCUGUAUGUGGAAAGUCCCCCAAGGCAUUCAAUGAACAGCCUGAAGAAAAAGUCUUUGCCACCUGUGAAGUUUGUAGAGGGUGAGGUUAUUUGGGCAAAGUUCAGCCGAAGACCAUGGUGGCCCUGUGAGGUGAUCAUUGACCCUGCACAGGGAAUCUACCACAGAGUGAAAGAGCCCAGUGACCGGCCAUGUCGGCUCUACCAUGUCAGGACCUUUGGUGAGCCCGUGGAGCUUGUCUGGGUGGAGGAAAAAUCAACUCACACUUUCCAUGGAGGCUUUGAAUUUGAACAGCUCCCCCUACUGCGUCGGAGGGGGAAGCAAAGGGAGCAGAACCACAAAUACACUAUUGUUAAACGUUUUCAGGACUCCUGGAAAUCCAGUGUGGAAGAAGCUGAAUCUGUUCUCCCAGAGAGACCCAAAAUGGCUAUUUCUGCAUCAAUAGAUGAUGCCUUCCAUGACAUUUCCACAAUGGAGAGAGAUAACAAGGCCCAUCCAACCUUUCCUCCCUCCACUUCACCUGUCUGCGCCCUGCCUGAGACAUCACUCAUUACCAAUGGAUCCAUUUCAUCUCCAGAUAUCUCAUCCCCAAUAACAACUCCAGCAAAGCCAAGCACUUUAAGGAAAUCUUCUUGCAAGAGGAAACCAAGUAAAUCGUCAAAAGAAGUGAAUAGUAAACACUCUAAAAAGACAUUGCCGACUAGCCCUGACCAGUCACGUAGAGACAAUGGAGAGUGCCCAUAUUCUGACCUCGACUCAGUCCCUAAGAUUUUGUGUCCUAAAGCACUUGAACGUCAGUCUAAGCUAGUUCCGACUCAGCCAUCUGUUACGACUGUCAAAGAGGUAAAGAAACAGCCAGAGAUUCAGAGUGGUCUUUGGUUCAGUAAAUCUGGCAAAGACAGGCGACCUAAAACAACCAGUCCAAUGCCAGACCGCACUCUCUUUAGCAAGGUGUCCUGUAAGAAAAAGUCUGUUGUUUGUAAAAAAAUGCUGGUUACAAGUGUCUCCUCUAGUGGUGGGCCCAGUGACCAGUCAGGGUUGUCAGACAACCAUAAGACUCUGGUACCUCCUGAAGCAAUACUGCCCCCUGAACAGUCAGGACUUUUGAACUGUAAAAACACCCCAGUUGCUAAUAGGUCUUUUGGUUCAACUACUGACAAGCCAAGACUGUCAGACAAGCAGAAGUCCCCGGUUUCUGUUGAGACUGGUGUACCCUCUGACAAGUGUGGAUACUCAAAGUAUAGACAGACACCCAGUAAUACAACUGAUGCUGUUAUUGGCACACUGUCUGACCAGUUUGGUGGCUCAGAUGUUAAAAAGGCCUUAGAGCCCAGCAUGAAAGUUGGUUUCAAUGACCAAUCCAGGUUUUCAGAAAGUGUAAAGAGUGUCAGUCGAACUGAACAUCCUGCCAUGAUGGCUAAUAAAAAGGUCAAUGUAAUUGACAGAAUUUCAGAUCAAGUAGAAGAAAAAGAAAGUAACAAAACUUCAGUGUCCAGUUUAAAUGCUGACACUACUGACCCAUUAGCAGGUGUAGAAAAGAAAACAAGUCUGGUCUCUAAGUGUAGGCUGCCCUUUGUUAAAUUAAUACGCAAGGACAUUAAGAGUAAGAAGUUGCUAAACUCUGGUGUAACCAUCAGUCCAACUGACCAACCUGGAUGCAAAAAGAAUGAAAAGACAACAGAUAAUAAAAGGACUAAAAUUUCCUCUAAACAAUCAGACUGGGUAGAUGGCAAAAAAAAUAUCUCCUUAGAUCAGGCAUUAAGUUCAGAAUCCAUAAAGGUCUCAGUUGUGAAGUUAAAAGCAAGCAGUGGAAAUGGUAUGCUACGUCUCUCAUCAGAAUCAUCACAAGGGAAAACUGUCUUGGCUUCAAAUGUGGCAAGUGUGUCUGCUGAUGAGUUAGGUAGCCUAGAAGAAGAAAGGGUACCAGUUUUAAAUGUAAGCCCAAGCAAUGUGACGUACCCAUCCUCUAAUCAGUCAGACCAGUCAGGAAGUAAGAACGUUCCUGCCUCCAGUGUAACAAGCAUGUCCUCUGACCAGUUAGGCAGCUCAACGCAAAGAAUAACUUGUGACACCAGUACAUCUUAUAAUACAACUCUGCCUUCUCGCCAGCAAGGGAAUUCGGUAUCUAGGAAUGCUCAUGUUUCUGAUGGGCUGUCGUCUGAGAAAUCCAAGAAAGUUGUCCACAAAUCAAAGCAGGUUCUAGUUGAUGUGAAUAAAGUCAUGAAUGAGCAGCCUGCCCACCUCCCAGCCAGCAGUCGGCUGAUGACCAGAGCCCUGAAGGCCAUGCAGGAGGCACAGCAGAAGAAGCAGCAAAAAGCCCAAAAGGAGCCUGAGCAGAAAGAACCCUUAAAUCCAUUCAGAAAAGCUGAAGACCUUGUGUGUCACUCUGAGCGCAACUCCACUAGGAAUCCGAAGACCAAACUGGACUUUUGCACUAAAAUAAAAUCUCAUAAAUCGCAUUGUAAUGACAAUGGUGAAAAUGAUCAGGACACAUUUUCUAGCUGUAGCCCCCCUUUGAUGUUUUCUGCUUCAACUGACUUUGAAGCUUAUGUCAAGAGCGAAGAUGAAGACCUUUCAAUAUCCUCAACUCCACCAAUGGACUUCAUACCCCUUACUUCUAAGGUAAAGGCAAAGAAGGAGGAUCAUUCCUCUGACAAAUGCUCCUCAUCCUCACCCUCCUCACCAUUUUCUUUUAUGAAUGCCUUUAAAAAUGUGGAGGAGGUAUCCUUCCAGUCCCUGAUUAAUGAGGGCGAAGGUAAACCCAUUUCUUUCAAACCAGACACAAACUACAAGUUCAGCACUUUUCUCAUGAUGCUGAAAGAUUUGCAUGACACUAGAGAGCGAGAAGGGGCCCCCUUAGAACUGGAGAUUGGGCCGCCAAGUGCACAUGUUAGGGAGGAGCCCUUAGUGAUGCCUGGGGAGACUAAACCCACAGGACAAGAUCAACAAAAUGAACAUGUUAAUAAGAAUUCAAAUUCAAGUCCAGACAAAAUCAUAAUCGCACACAGUGAAGACAGCACAAGUCAAACGUCGAAGAGGCCCUAUAACAGAAGGGGCAACUGCACCAGAGUGAAAAAGAAAGCCAACCGCAAAGUGCCUUUUCGUACUGCCAGGUCCAGGUCUGGACCUGGUUUUCCAGGACUGGAAUCCACGCCAGGAAUGGCAUCCUUACCAACAAUGGACUCUUCAUCAGGAGUAUAUUGCUCAUCAAGAGUUCAGUCCCUCUUGGGCAUGCAUGCCAGCAGCUGGGAGAGGCAGGCUGCAGGUGGUGAAGGAGUGGUUCACGAGGAGGAGGAGAAGUGGAGCAGAGUAAAUGGGAAUCUUCAGAACAUGGUGCCUAUGGAGCAGCGGGGGUCUGAUACUACGCUGUGUCUGGGACAGCAAAAUGGCCUUGUUACAGACUGCACUGAGACUAACACAAGCUUGACGCACAAUGCUGGAGGACACGACAAGGCUCCAACAGCACAUAAACGAAUAAGAAAACCAAGCAAGAGGCUGAUUGAAUGGACUGAAGAGUACGAUCAGAUUUUCUCCACAAGGAAGAAAACCAAAAAGCCUCUCCAGUCGAUUGGAAAGGCCACUCAACCCAUUACCUCCACGUCUGAACCCUCGGGAUCGGACAAGAACGCACAUGACCACCCAUCCUUGAACUUACUUCCAGAAAUACAGACACCACCUCCUGAGGACGGUGGUGUCUGUAUUUCUGCAACAGUGCCCUCUGAACUACAAACUCCCAGCACUGAAAACACAUCUCCCCAAGAUGCAUCGGUGCUUUCCAUCGACACACUAACCCCUCCUCCUGAAGCUGAGCCUACGCUGUCAGAAGGCCUCGUCAAAGACAACGGAAACGCUCCUCUGCUGGAGAAGAAACGGAAGAGGAAACCCACUCAGAAGAUCCUGGAGUACUGUCUGGAGGCAGAGGCUUCAACAGGCCCCAAGAAGAAGGUCAAAACACUGAAGAACAAUUCAAACCCUGCCCCUCAAUCAGAUUCAGGGCCACCAUCUUUAAAAUCGAAGAGUAAGCAGCUUACAGCAUCCACCUCCACACCGACAACCCCAGAGGUUUCCACCUGUAUGCCCACGCCCUCCAUUCAGACCAAUCUCACUCCCAGCACUCCUGCACCCGCCACUGCUGCGCUAGCUCCGCCCAAACCCGGGCAGGCAGAGACGGCAUCAGCAGACGUCGAUGCUCCUCAGCCAGAGGACUGUAAGGCUCAGGAGGUCAAAAAGGACACAGCGGAGUCAGAGGGCGACCCAUCCAGUUUGGACCACGGCUUCUCCUCCAUGAAGGACGACUUGUCGCUGUGCGAUGACCCACGUUUACCUUCAAGGAAGAUCAUAGGGGACCGAGGAGGCCCUGCCUCCACGAAGGAGAACAUAUGUCAGGUAUGUGAAAAGACAGGGGAGCUGCUGCUCUGUGAUGGUCAGUGCUGCGGAGCCUUCCACCUGCCCUGUAUCUCACUGGCCGAGGCACCGAAAGGGAAGUUUGUCUGUCCUGAGUGCAAAUCAGGCAUCCACACCUGCUUUGUAUGUAAAAAGCGCAGUGAGGAUGUGCGGCGCUGUAUGAUCCCUGUGUGUGGGAAGUUCUACCAUGGGGAGUGUAUCACCAACUACCCCCCGACUGCACCUGUGAGCCGAGGUUUCCGCUGCUCGAUCCACGUCUGUCUCACCUGCUUCAUUGCCAAUCCCAACAGUUCGUCCAUCUCUAAAGGUCGUCUGGUACGGUGCGUGCGCUGCCCGGUGGCCUAUCAUGCCACAGACCUCUGCAUGGCAGCAGGCAGUGUUGUCCUCUCAAACAACAGCAUCAUCUGUCCCAACCACUUCACCCCCCGUCGCGGCGUCAAGAACCAUGAACACGUCAACGUCAGCUGGUGCUUCGUCUGCACAGAGGGGGGAAGUCUGUUGUGCUGCGAGUCCUGUCCUGCUGCCUUCCACCGGGAGUGUCUGAACAUUGAGAUGCCUAAAGGCAGCUGGUACUGCAAUGACUGCAAGGCUGGGAAGAAACCUCACUACAAAGACAUCCUCUGGGUGAAAGUUGGGCGGUACAGGUGGUGGCCAGCGGAGGUCAGCCAUCCCAAAACAAUCCCAGAGAACAUCCAGCGGAUGAGGCAUGAUGUCGGGGAGUUCCCUGUCCACUUCUUUGGCUCCAACGACUACUUGUGGACCUACCAGGCCAGAGUCUUCCCUUAUAUGGAUGUGGACGCCAACAGCAAAGAAAAGAUGGGGAAAGGUGUUGAUGCAACCUACAAGAAAGCUUUGGAGGAGGCGGCUGUGAGAUUUCGAGAACUGCAGGCGGAGAAGGAGCUUCGGCAGCUUCAAGAGGACAGGAAGAACGACAGGAAGCCACCUCCCUACAAACAUAUCAAGGUGAAUCGACCAAUAGGAAAGGUUCAGAUCUUUACGGCUGACCUAUCAGAGAUCCCACGCUGUAACUGUAAGGCGACAGAUGAGAGCCCGUGUGGGAUGGACUCGGAGUGCAUCAACCGCAUGCUGCUGUACGAAUGCCACCCACAGGUUUGCCCGGCGGGUGAACGGUGCCUCAACCAGGCGUUCACCAAGCGUCAAUACAGCCAGGUGGAGAUCUUCAGGACGCUGUCCCGAGGCUGGGGUCUCCGCUGUGUCCAUGACAUCAAGAAGGGUCAGUUUGUGAGUGAGUACGUCGGGGAGGUGAUCGACGAGGAGGAGUGCAGGUCAAGGAUCAGACACGCACAAGAGAACGACAUCUGUAACUUCUACAUGUUAACUCUGGACAAGGACCGGAUCAUUGAUGCUGGGCCGAAGGGGAACGAGGCUCGCUUCAUGAACCACAGCUGUCAGCCAAACUGCGAGACCCAGAAGUGGACGGUGAGCGGAGACACCCGGGUGGGACUGUUUGCUCUCGUCGACGUUGCUGCAGGCACAGAGCUUACCUUCAACUACAACCUGGAGUGUUUGGGGAACGGGAAGACCGUCUGUAAAUGUGGAGCACCGAACUGCAGCGGCUUCCUGGGCGUCAGGCCAAAGAACAACCCUCCAUCUGACGACAAAGGUCGGAAGCUGAAGAGGAGAGGCCAUGGCAAGAAGAAGAAAAAGGUGGUGGUGACCAAAGAAAGAGAGGACGAGUGUUUCAGCUGCGGGGACGGAGGACAGAUGGUUUCCUGUAAGAGACCUGGAUGUCCUAAAGUUUACCACGCCGACUGCCUCAACCUCACCAAGAGGCCUGCAGGUCGAUGGGAAUGUCCGUGGCACCAGUGCGACAUAUGCGGUAAAGAGGCGGCGUCCUUCUGUGAGAUGUGUCCCAGUUCUUACUGCUGCCAGCACCGCGACGGCCUGCUCUUCAUCUCCAAGUUGGACGGCAAGCUGUCCUGCAGUGAACACGACCCCUGUGGGCCAGAACCACUCGAGCCGGGGGAAAUCCGGGAGUACACUCCCAAACCCAGAGCCCUGACCCCGGGGCUGGGCAUGGCCGUCAUCCCCUCUGCUGCUUCUAACACGACCACCAGUCUGAACCCGACCACCAGGAGGGUCCAGGAGAUCAGCGCCGGCGCUGGCAUGUGUGCUUCCGAGUCAUUUCCUGCUUUUUCCAUCCCGGUACCAAUCACCAUUCCUGUCACCGCUCCUGCCGCCUCACCUCCCCCCGGCAACUCUGAUGCUCCCAGCAGCCCGCAGGUGUUCGACCUCCCGCACUACUCGCCCAUCUCUUCGUAUGAGGAGGAGAGGGAUGUCUUGGAAGAGGAAGAGGAAGAGGAGGAGGAGCUGGCAGAAGUGGAGGAGGAGUUAGUGGAAGAGGGUGAGGUGGGGAGGCAAAAAUCAGAUCCUCAUGAAGAGGAUGGAGAGGCGGUGGUGGAGGAGGUCGGGCUGGAAUACCUGGAGAUCAAAGGGGAGGAGGACGAGGACGAGGACGAGGACGAGGAGGAGGAGGAGGAAGAGGAAGAGGAAGAGGAGUGACAUACAGUGGAUUAUUAUUUAUAGUGGCACAGAACAUGAAGGCAGAGCAGGCAGUCGGGCAACAAGACAUCACAGUCACGGCAAUGGGGAAACAAAUCGCGAUCGACCAAUCACAUUACAGAAGUAGCGUAGUCUGUCACUGUUUGUAUCCGGUGAGUGGGUGCGUGUAUGGAGGAAUUUUUAGGACUAAACUAAAUCAGUACAUAAAUAAAUUUAGACGUUCAUACAACAAAUAAGCAGCAUAAAUACUGUAUAGAAUGAUAUAUAUGUAGACAGAUAUUCAGCAAUUUCACUAAUUAUUUAAGGAUUUUUUGGUUUUAGUUUUAUCCUAUUAAUCGCUCCAUAUUCCCUGACCUUUGUACACACUUGGUGUAGAAACGGUUCAUGACACAGUGACUUUGCACAAACUGGCUGCACCUUCAUAUGGGAGAUCUGACAAAGAAAAAUCCGUAACUGCUACGUAAAACUUGGCAUUUUGUAAACAUAUUUCACUCCGAUAUACUUGUUUUCUCACAUUUUGACCAGUUUCCCUUGUUGGUUUGUUUUGGUAUUUCUUCGAGUAGUAGUUCAGGUGUCAUACAUGUGAGCGAGUUGACCUGCAAAAGCUUAAUGUAGUUGGAGACAAUUAUUGUAUCUGGUGUGUAGGUGUUUAAUGCAAGAAAAGACUACACUGUAGCUUCCCGUCAGGGCGGGGCUUAACUCUUCAGCAUCCUGGGACACGAUGAUGACAAACAGAGUCACAGCAGCGAUCAGUCUGGUAAAUGACUUCUACUCCAGUUACAUUGGCAGAUUGCAUCGCUGCAGUUGGAAGAUUGCUGUGGUUACAAACAGUGCCAGAAAAAAACAUGAUUGUGUCUGUAAUUGUGUAAUAAACCAGUUUCAGUCUGGUUGUGCUUUCAGACGUGAACUUUGCUCCAAAAGAAACAUAUUCAGCCUCUGCUGGACUGAAAUUUUGACGGUGUGGUGAGUGGACUUGGUUUGGCGAGGUGUAAUUGGGAUUUUACUGGACACAUACUGCUGGCGAAGUCACCUGCCGCAGCCACCUGAAUCAACUUCCAUCCCGGACAGACGACCUGAGACACAAAGAGUCGUCGCUCCAGUCUAACUCCAGUCUCCCCUUCGUCUCCAGUUCUUGACGCCUCAGAUGGAUGAUUCGAAAUCAGAGCAUCUGCGAAAAUGUGAAAGUGCCAGAUGAUUGGCUACCGGGUGUAGCCUUAACCAUGUGUUCACACAACAAGCGUUUGAGAAAAAGUGUCACUACAACUUUGUGGCUGUUGGUCACAGAUGUUGAAAUACAUACAGUCUCAUGGAAUAAAAUCUUUUUUUUUUUUUCCCUUUUUAAAAAAAAACGCUGAUAGUAAUAGUUUUGGAUCGAAGCUGCCAAUAGCCAGUAACAGGAGGAAAUAUUCUCUAGACAAUUUAAUGCCAAAAAAAAAAGGAUCCUAAACUGACAGGGAUUCAGUGUUUGACUGAGACCAGUCUUCAUGUCAGGAUGGGAAAGACACAAAGAAAGUAUUUAUGCCAUCAUGGGACGCUAAAACUGUCAGAGAUAAAGGAACUAAUAGGUUAUUAAGCAGCUCCAUAAGUCAGGCUGAGGCAGGUCUGACUGCAAAGACUGAUGCUCCUGAAGCUGGUUGAGUGAAACGGGCAACACAAAACGAAAACCUGGUCCUGCCCAUGUGGUUGCUGGUGGCCUGGAUUCAGAGAUAGCACUAAGUUUGCUCAAGUGUGUAUGCUGUUUAUAUAUUAUUCUGUGACGCACAAAUGAUGACGAGGGAGAGUGGGGAUGUUAGCGCUCCCUCUCCUCGUUCUUGACUCUCCAUUGAGGGGAAACAAGGGGGAAGUCUUCAGUUGGACGACGAUAACGACGGACUCCUGCCAUGAUGCUUGCACUUCAGUAUGUGUUCUUGCCACAUGUGUUUCGCUCUGUCUUCAAGCUUAUAAUAUUGUCUGUGUGUUAUCUGCCAAUGCCUUAGAGUGUAUUUCUUUGGAGAUAUUUUUAAGGAAUGGUUUGGCACCUGUGAGAGCCAAGUUUCCCUACUAAUGCCUUUUUACAGUUGCCCAACAAGCAGUGUUUCAUUCCAGUGUAAUUAUGACCUGUUAGAUCUCAACCAUUGACCUGUUAACUGCUAUAUAAAUAUAUAAGAUGAA